GUCGCCGAAAACGCCAUCCACAUCAGAUGCUCAGUCCCAAAGUCAACAAUGGUUCUCACAAGAUGAGGGCUUGUUGUCUCGGUAUGGUAGGAAGAAUGAUUCUCAGCACUCCCCGCAGAGGAGCAUCAGGAGCAUGAGUGAUGAUGUAUCAGGGCCAAGUGGGAAGUCCCAAACCAUGAAAGAGCUGUAUGUAUCCACAGAAGACAAGGGACCGAAGGGAACUUCCUCAGACAAGUCUGUCUUUUAUUCUAGAGUAAAGGACCCCUCUGGGAGAAUUUCACCCGUCUCUACAGCAGCCAAUUCACCAUCCCAGUCAACCUCAUCACCGUCAGUGCCAGCCAGACCAAACCAGCUUUCCUUGCUCAAGUCACCAAUGUCGCCGUCCAAACUCCAUCAUUCCAACCUGCCGAGCC